CGGGAUAUUUUAUGACCCACGAGAAUUAUCAGAAAUUUGCUAGGACAUCAGAGCAAAAAUGCGAAGGAUUGGUGGCAGACGCUAAAUUACCAUGACCAACAUCUGAUUUGAUUUUCAAACAGGAUUUAUUAAUUUUUUUGAAGUUUGUGCUCGGAAUAAUUAUUUAUUUUAAUUGUUAAAUUAUGCUGUGGAAGAUAAUGAAGUUUUCAAUAGGACUCUUUGUUUGUUUUGCGUGGUUUGCUCCCUUCGUGUUGGGGAACGGCUUUCUGAAAUCCCCCACCAGUCGUUCGUCUGUGUGGCGCUAUUUUGGGGAGGCACCAUGGGGAGACACUUUAACACAGAACACAGAGGAUAUGUCUUUGAAUUGUGGAGGAACUUAUACUGAUGGAGACCUGACGGGGAAAUGCGGUCGUUGUGGGGAUUACAUCGGGGGAACAAGACCAAACGAGGCUCCUAACGGACAGUACGCCUCCAAAAAGUCGACGUACAUCUACCGAGAGGGCGGUGUGGUCAAUGUCACGGUCCAAGUCACAGCACGUGCUAAUGGCGGCUUUUUCAAGUUUAAGUUGUGUCAAUCUGAUGCUAGCACUGCUGCCUCACAGGCUUGCUUCGACCAGAACCCGCUAAAGCUGGCUAAUACCGCCGACCAAACCAUCAUCCAGAUUCCGGACAUUGAUGGGGAUGUUGUCGUUCCGCUUCAGUUGCCAGCAGGACUGACAUGUGACCACUGCGUCAUGCAGUGGACAUGGGUAACUGCAAGAGACUGGCGAUGCGCUAGCUUGAAUGGUCAGUUGGUGUGCGGUAUGGGAUAUGGAAUGCAGCCCACGUUUGUAAACUGCGCUGACUUCAGCAUUCUUGCCCAGGGAGCACCUGUUCCUGCGGGUUUCCAUUGGCCAGAUUAUAACUCGGUAUACGCCACCAUUCACGGGGGACAUACUGGAUCAGGGACGACACAAGCACCAGCACCCACAACAUCUGGUUCUGUUGUUAUCGUUCCGACCACUGCAGCACCAACCACAGCGGCGCCACAAACAACCACCACAUUCCCUAUCAUCACCAAUCCUCCUACCACGACCGCGGCUCCAGUAAUCACCACGGGCUCCACUAGCGCUCCCCCAACCACCACCGAUAAACUGAUCAUCGUCACGCCCACCCCUGUAAACCCGAUCUCCACAUCCCAACAGCCGCCAGCCACACUGACCACCACACCACCCCUACCCCUGUCCACAGAGAAACUGAUCCCCGGCCCUGUGAUUCCCCCUGUAGCACCUAUUCUUCCGGUCGGACCAGUUGUUGGGGCUGGUGGCGGUCUUUUGGGCGGUUUAUCGUUCGGUAGUCUUAUGGCACCCCUGGGACUAGGUUUAGGUGGACUUAUGCUUAUGAUGGCUAUGAAUAGAAAUCAAGGAGGGGGCGGCGUGGAGUAUAUUGAUAUCCCACCGAUGGCAAUGCCAGCUAUUUCUCAACCAAUGCAGCCUAUGGUUGCCCCUCCAUACGCCCCAUCCUUCGGUUACACAAUGCUGCCAGCUCCAAUCAUUGUACCAGUGGAGCAACCCGCUCCUGUCAAAAAAGGAUACGGAAAAGGUUACGGUAAACACCCAACCGGUUAUGGCAAAGGAACUGGCUAUGGAAACAACAAUUACAGAGGAUACGGGAAUAAAAAAAGUUACGGUUCGGUUUUUGUGAACCCUGGGUAUGGCUACAACAACGGACAGUACCAGCAGACAUACAACCCGGCAUCCUAUAACCCGUCCUACAAACCCCCAUCAUCCUAUGGCAGCAGCAGCCGGCCCAACAGGGGAGACGAGCAGUUCUUUGAGCUCCCCAACAGCCACGCCUUCACUCGGAUAGUUUUUGACGUAGAACCAGAGGUCAACAAAGUCCGGACACAGGAAACAGUAGAACAAAAGCCACGGAAAAUCGACAUCUCGGCUUUCAGUAAGAACUGUCCGAUUUCAAAGCAGACGUGCAAACCUCGUUAUGGCGCGAACGAGCCGACUGUGUACGGGAAUGUGGACAUUGUCAGUAUGAUAUGUGAACUCCACUGCUCUGACCGGAAUCCUCACUGUCCGGAGCACAUGUGCUCGUGCACGUGCAUCGAAGAAGCAGCCGACAACAUAGCUCUGCAGGAUAGAAUAUCUGCAGCAAGCCUGUUUGGAAAAUAAUGGUUACCAAUAAGUUCGUAGAAUAAUUAUAACUAAAUCAACGCGGUAAAUGCGUUAAAGAAUUUUAACAGUUUUCUUUUUAGAAAAUAAUGCAAUAUUUUGGAUCCUUUAUUGUAAAAUACUAUAUGAAGAGACAAUUUUUGCAGAUAGGUUUGCGGUAUGAUAUUGGUUACCACAGAUUGAUAUAAACCUCAGUAAUAUGAACAUCAACGUUAACGGAGGAAAUAUUUUUAUUGUUAUAUCGUAAGUGAUUAAACGGAUUGGAUUAAAACAAGUUACUAUUUAAUUUAUUAAAGUUUUCUUGUAUAAUAUGCAAUAUGUUAUUGAACGAUUUUGGAUUGAUUGUAGCUUAGAAGAUUGAACCCCAUACAGCGAGUGCCAAAAACAAGGUGGUUGGGUUCCAUAUUGUGUUUAUACAUGUAUAAUCUUACAAGAACUCCUGUAAAACCAGAGUUUUGGAGAAAAGUAGUGAUUUUAAUGCGAGUUCAAAUUAAAUAUAUUUUUGUUUGUUAUAAGAUUGAGGAAGAGAAUUUGAACAAAGAGUUUUUGUAAAGCAACAGAUUGUGUAACAAGCAAUAUGAUCGUACUAUGUUACAAAGAAUGCUAUUUAAAUAAAUCGUUUUUCUGUUGUUAAUAAAUUUUAAACUAAA